GCUACAUUUAAAAUACGAAGAAGAAUCUCUACCCAGCAGGCAUUGCGGGGCGGGAAUUCGCAAUCCCUCUCCGCUUCAUCCUGUCUAUUUCUCGCCAGGAAGCAUCGUUUCUAAACAAAUUUUUUUUUUACGCCGGAACAUUUUAUUAACCUUUUGUGUCGUCGUUGUGAGUAUUUUUAUUUUGCUUAUAAUUCAACUCGUGUUUUUCUUAUACAGAAAUGCUACGGAAGGACGUUUCAUUUUAGUGUUCGACAUGCCGUAUUGACAUAUAUACGCGACGCAGGAAUAAAACAAUAAUUGAGAAAUAUAUGUACUACUAUUCACGCUAAAGAGUAAAAACAAACCACACACUGACGAAGUUUACUUUAAAAAAAAAAAAAGGUAUGGAGUCGCUAGGCUUUGUUUAGCCAUUACGAACUUUGACCUAGAAAAAUCGGACAUGCGCAGAAGCUGCCUACGAACUUGUCCACAUUUGUUGACAUUCAGUCGUGGUCAAAAGUUUACAUACACUUGCAAAGAGUUUCCAAUCAUUUCUACAACUCUUAUUUUUUAUGUGACAGAGUGAUUGGAACACAUAGUUGUUGGUCGCAAAAAAAAAAAACAUUCAUGAAGUUUGGUUCUUUUAUUCAUUUAUUAUGGGUCUACUGAAAAUUUGCUGGGUCAAAAGUAUACAUACAGCAAAGUUAAAUACCUACUGAAAGCCACUACUACCGACCACGCAGUUUGAUAGUUUAUAUAUCAAUGAUGAAAUCUUAACAUUGCAACACAUGCCAAUACGGCCGGUUUAGUUUACUAAAUUGCAAUUUUAAAUUUCCCGCGGAGUUUAUUGUUGAAAACGUCGCGGAAUGAUGACGCAUGCGCGUGACGUCAUGGACUGUAAGGAAAUAUUAGCGCUGCGCACACACACAGCUAAAAGUCGUCUGCUUUGACCGCAUAAUUACACAAUAUUUUCGACAUCCGUGUUGCUGAAUCUUUUGCAAUUUGUUCAAUUAAUAAUGGAGAAGAGUAGAAAUAUGGAGUUGGGAAGCUUUAGCCUUACGCCACAUAAACACAUAGGGAUUCCUUGUUUAAAAUUCCCGGAGGUGAAGCUUUCCUGUGGAUCAGAGCGCGGUCAAGCCAACAUGGAUCCCGACCAAAUGUCUACCAGCAGUUUUGGCUGCCGUCGACUUCCCUCAGACACUGGCCUCAAGACACCCGUGGACGCACCCCUCCGACUUUCAGCACCCAAGACAUCGGAUGACAGGAUGAGCAGCCCCACCAGCACACCCAAACCCACCGACCUCUUCCACACUUUAUGGAAACAACUCGGGGAGUGCCAUGAAAAAACACUGCAGGAACUGGAGGAGAAAGUAAGCAAGUUGAAAAAAGAUCGGUGCUUAGACGCACAGAGACUUGAGGUGUUUUACACACGUAACCAGGAGCUUAAGGAGCAAACCAAAACUCUGCAGGAUGCCAUCAGUCUUUUAGAGGACAGAAUCCGAGCGGCAGAAUGUGAUCGCUGUUUAAUCUUGGAGGGAAACCUAAAGAGUAGUCAAGAGCAAAGUGAGCAGCUUAUCAACAAGAUGAAGCAUGAAAAUAAAUGUCUUGAAGAUGAAAAUCGCAAACUAUACACUGAGCUGGAAAAGUUUAAGAAUUGCUCCGAUCCCCAGGAACAGGAAGAUGGCAUCAUCCCGGACUCGCCGGUUCUGGCCAGCUCGCUUCCUGCGGCCAACAAACUGAGGAAACGUAAAACCGCUGAAAAGAGAAGACGUGUUCGCUACUCAGAAGAGCCUUCAUUCAAGUUAAAGUCACUUUUCAAAGAUCCAAUAAAUGAAUUGGUUGGUGGUCCAAAAAAUGCCAAAAGAACAGACAUACUUGUUCCUGACACGUGUGAAAUGGAAACAUCCCACAUCGCAGGAGAAGAAGAGAACGGGGGAGAAGUGAUAGCAGAAACUUGUGUCCUUGAACUCGUCAACACACGUCAUGUGAAAACUGUGGAAGCUGCAGGACAGCGAAAUGUACCAAAAUCUUCUUUAUUGACUGGUGUUCACCUGAAGCCUCGUCGCAUCUCCUCGUCAUCGACAUCCGUCCAAAGUCCAGACUCCACCACGGACAAGUCUUCAUCUCUUUCCCCUCCUGGUAAAAAGUUGGCCAUUGACGACUUUAAAUGCAAAGAGAAACCGAAAAACGAAGAUGGUGAACCAAAAGGGCGAAUACCCGAAGUGGAGCAGAAGAAACAAACCUGCAGAUCUUCUCACACUCAAAGCUUCAAGCAGUCACCUGACAGCAAGGUUCAAAGUGUUGACUGUGGGAGUCCAGCUUUCAAGAAGCCUAACUCUAGACUGCUGGACCAAAGACGAAACCACCUUCAUGGCCACGGCUCCUCACAAAGACAAGAGAAGACGCACACAGUGGAGAACAUGUGGAGCAUGGACCCUGCGCUCCACUUUUCAAUGUAUGACAGUGAGCGAGGAGCCGUUGAGCAUGAAGAACACGGACAACUGCCUGACAGUGACUGCACUUGGGUCAGUCACAGUUUGCUCCAAGGCCGACGUGCAAAUGACGAGGAAGAAGAACACAGUGUCUCCGGAAUCGGGGAGAAGGCCAACGACAGUCUGGAUCGAAUGUUUGACGCCACCGGCCAUGAAGAGUACAUAUCUUACAUCAGCUCACAAGUUGCCAGUCAGCCAUGUGAGGCUAUGGAGCAAGAGGAGGACAAUGAAGAAGAAGAGUCUUCUGAAAACUACCCACGUAUGAACAAAGUAAAACAUCCGGCAUUUGCACAUGUGGCAGUGGUGCGCAAGAAAGACGAGAGAAGAAAGCUGAAGGGCACCACCUGCAAAGAGUGUGAAGUUUAUUACGCACAUCUCCCAGAGGAGGAGAAGCAGAAGAAGCUGUCUGAAUGCUCUCGGCACCGCCAUCGCUUUAUUCCGCCCAACACUCCGGAAAAUUUCUGGGAAGUCGGAUUCCCGUCGACUCAGACGUGCAUUGAAAGAGGUUAUAUAAAGGAGGAGAAGACCCCGCUGUCUCGUUUACGAAGAAAGCAACCUUUUGCUGUACUUUUCUCCCCAAAGAAUAGCCAGAAGGACAGCUAACAAGUUAGUGUGUUCACCAAGGAGCUCAAUCCAGCUCUUUUGGUGCACUGACUCAAUGUACACACACUAGCUUUUUCACCUUUGCUCAUUGACUCUGCAUAUAGGAUUGAGACAUGCUCAAUAAAUAAAACAUAAGUGAAUUAAAUUUUCUGGUUGCUAAUUCAUAACUUUUAUCAUUAGGAAUAAGUAAAGGUGCAAAAUAGGCCACAUUUUAUUUUGUCUGUAGCUUAUUAAAGCACUGUUUAUUAUGUAAAAAAAUAUGGAAAAUACACACUUCUUUUUUUUACCUUUGCUCAUUUACUCUGCAUAUAAGAUUGAGAAAUGCUGAUAAAACAUAAGUGAAUUAAGUUUUUUGGUUGCUAAUUUUUAACUUCUAUCAUUUGGAAUAAGUAAAGGUGCAAAAUAGGCCACAUUUAAAAAUUUUAAUUGGUCUGUAGCUUAUUAAAGCACUGUUUAUGAAGUAAAAAAAAAUGAAAAUACACACUACUUUUUACACCUUUGCUCAUUUACUCUGCAUAUAAGAUUUAGACAAGCUCAUAAAAUUAAAUAUAAGUGAAUUAACGUUUCAGGUUGCUAACUCAUAACUUAAAAAGGUGCAAAAUAGGCCAAUUGUAAACAUUUUAUUUGGUCUGGAGCUUAUUAAAGCACUGUUUAUGAAGUAAAAAAAAAUAUGAAAAUACACUACUUUUUUUUACAUUUGCUCAUUUACUCUGCAUAUAAGAUUUAGACAUGCUCAUAAAAUAAAGUAUAAGUGAAUUAAGUUUUCUACUUGUUAAGUCAUAACUUUUAAAUGUACAAAAUAGGCCAAAUGUAAACAUUUUAUUUGGUCUGUAGCUUAUUGAAGCACUGUUUAUGAAGUAAAAAAAAUAUGAAAAUACCCACUGCUUUUUUCACCUUUGCUCAUAAGAUUUAGACAUGCUGAUAAAAUUAAACAUAAGUGAAUUACCUUUUCAGGUUGCUAAUUCAUAACUUGUAAAGGUGCAAAAUAGGUCACAUGUAAACAUUUUAUUUGGUCUGUAGUUUAUUAAAGCACUGUUUAUGAAGUAAAAAAAAUAUGAAAAUAAACUACUUUUUUCACCUUUGCUCAUUUACUCUGCAUAUAAGAUUGAGACAUGCUGAGAAAAUAAAGUAUAAGUGGAUUAAGAUUUCUGCUUGCUAAGUCAUAACUUUUAAAUGUACAAAAUAGAUCACAUGUAAACAUUUUAUUUGGUCUGUAGCUUAUUAAAGCACUGUUUAUAAGGUAAAAAAAUAUGAAAAUACACACUGCUUUUUUCACUUUUUCUCAUUUACUCUGCAUAUAAGAUUGAGACGUGCUGAAAAAACACAAGUGAAUUAAGUUUUUUUGUUACUAAUUCUUAACUUCUAUCAUUUGAAAUAAGUAAAGGUGCAAAAUAGGCCACAUUUAAACAUUUUAAUUGGUCUGUAACUUAUUAAAGCACUGUUUAUGAAGUAAAAGAAAUAUGAAAAUACACACUACUUUUUUCACCUUUGCUCAUUUACUCUGCAUAUAAGAUUGAGACAUGCUGACAAAAUAUAACAUAAGUGAAUUAAGUUUUCUGCUUGCUAAUUCAUAACUUUUAAAUGUACAACAUAGGUCACAUGUAAACAUUUUAUUUGAUCUGUAGCUUAUCAAAGCACUGUUUAUGAAGUGAAAAAAUAUGAAAAUAACACGACUUUUUUCACCUUUGCUCAUUUCAUCAUCAUCAUUUCAUCAUCAUUUAUUUUUAUUCCUUUCAUGAAAAUGCAUAUUUACAAGCCACGUACAAUUGACACUGUCAUUGUUUUUUUUUUGUUUUUCUUUCUUAUACAUUUUCAUGAUCAGAAAGGAGCAGAUGGAAGAAUUAUAUUCUUAUAUUUAUCUGCCCCUUUUUUUAACACAAAUUACAGUAUUUUAGAUGAAUUAUAAAUGUUCCCUCCACCAACACCCGAACUCCAACAUACUUUUCCAUUUUCCUUUAAGCACUUUCACAAUGACACGUCCAAUCUAAAUCAAAACUCAGUUUGAUAUAAUUUCAGUUUUCUCUUUUUAUAACUUUUUUUAAAUACAAAUAUAUUCUUACAGCUUUUUAAGUCUUUGUUUAGAGAAUUCCAUGCUUUCACACCAACAACAGACAAGCACAUUUGUUUCAAAUUUGUUCGCACUCUUGGAUGUUUAAAGUCAUACGGCCUUCUGUGGUUCUCAUCUUCAGAUGUGAACACAAAUAACUUUUGUAUGUCCUUCGGAAGAACUUUAUUUCUCGCUUUGAACAUCAUUAAUAGUGUAUUCAAUUCUACAAUGUCUUUUAGUUUUAGUAAUCCUGACCUAAUGAAGAGUGGAUUUGUGUGGUCUCUAUAUCCUACUUUAAAAAUGAUUCGAAUUGCUCUUUUCUGUGAAAGAAAUAAAGGCAUUAUGUUGCUAUGA